AUGACGCCCCAACAGCCUCCAGACCAGGAAAGCCUCCUCUCACGAAGUGAAGCCAGUACAGCAGGAGAAGGAGAAGACUUACCCUACUGCCAUCCAACACCAUAUCCCCUCUCGCGACGUCCCUGGAGCAGCAGCACAAAUCUCUCCUGGAUCCUCAACAUCCUCCUCCUCCUCACCACCACCAUUCUCGCCCUCCAACUCUCCCGUGGCGAACACUUUCAACACACCGGCGACAUCAACGGUCUCGCCCCGCGCUUCACCCAACGCAUUCAACUCUUCCACCCGUCCUCGCAAGCCACCGCCUCCAUCGGGCAUCCGGAGGCACAAGCUGCCACAGAAGAGUUCUGGAGGACGUUCGCACCUGAUGGAUUUGGGUUGCAAAAUUUGAAAGAUUAUUCUCCGAAACGAUACCCCGAGCUCGCGCCCCCGACGAUGGAGCCUGGAGGGUAUAAUUUGGUGGAUACGUCGAUGGCGCAUCAGUUGCAUUGUUUGUUUAGUAUUAUGGAGGCGUAUAAUGAUUUGGCGGGGAAGAUUAAUGGGACUGUGAUGGGGGUGGGGAUGGAGCAUAUGCCGCCGAGGAGGAGAGGGAAGGAGAAACAUCCUCAUCAUGAUCAUUCUUGGCAUUUGGGGCAUUGUUUUGAUUAUAUCAGGCAGGGGAUCAUGUGUUGUGGGGAUACGGCGUUGGAGGGAGCCGCGACGACGUUUCCGGAUGGGGUGAAGGGGUCGGAUGGGUGGAAUGCGAAGCAUGUUUGUAAGGAUUAUGAGGAGGUGAAGAGUUGGAUUGUAAGCCAGGGGCCGGAUUAUCAGCAGGAGGACGGGGAGGCGGAUUAG